ACGCCAGAGAGCGGGAGACAAACAGUCGAAAUCCUUGAUUGGCCCUCGAAGGAAAUUCGUUCUGUCCCAAAGGUCGUUAGGCAAAGAAAGGUGCUAUGUAUGGUUGGUGCUUCAUCUUUUGUCUCCCCUUGUUCGGCCGAUGUUGACUGCAGGACAGCUGGCGAGCUCGCACAACCUGCAAUCACCGAACAAGAAGGCGACGCAGUCCAGUACACUGAAGCACCGGAUGGUCCUGACGACGUUUCACCCCGCCAUUGGCGUCGUCGACGAUCUACAGCCCGUCUAUCCUGCAAAAUUAGGAGGCAGAGGAGUAGUGCUGUUGAAGGGGAGGUCAAAGUCGAGCCUGGGCAGCCAAGGCGCAGCCAGUCACUCGCUCACUACAUUCUUCCCGCCUGA